AUGACGACAGCUCUCGUUAAGCUCAAAGAUAAACGAGGUAAUUUUGUCGUGGCACAAGCACUUUUGGAUUCUUGUUCUACUGUAAAUUUGAUAACUGAAAACUUUGCAAAUUCUCUGGCCUUACCUAAUUCACCUUGCUCAGUAAACAUUGAAGCAGUCGAUGGUUUAUCCACGGCUGUUAACGAAUUCAUUCAAACCAGUGUUCAUUCAAAUUACAAUAAUUCAAAAUUUCCAGCUCGUUUUCUGAUCGUACCUAAAAUUGCUGAUGCUGUGCCUAACGACACCUUCCCUCGCAAACUCUUUGACAUUCCGAAAAAUCUAAAACUCGCUGAUCCUCAAUUUCAUUUACCAAAAUCUAUCGACAUUCUUUUAUCAUACAGUACCACCUUGUCAGUAUUAGCUGUAGGUCAAAUCAAACUCCAACACAAAGAAUCGGAUAUCAUCUUGCAAAAAACUAGCCUGGGUUGGGUUGUGGCAGGAGGGGUCAGUGAUCAAUCAUCUCCAAAUUCAGCUCGGUGUAACUUAAUCAAAUUAGACAAACUCAUUGAGCGUUUCUGGCUUAUCGAAGACUUCGAUCACGAACCGAUUAAGUCACAAGACGAUGUCGCUUGUGAGCAACACUUCCUCAAUCACACUCAGCGCGAUCCUUCUGGUCGUUAUAUUGUGCGUCUUCCUUUUAGAGAUUCCAAAUUCAAACUCGGCGAAUCCAAAUCGCAAGCGCUCAAGCGUUUUCAUUUUCUAGAAAGAAGGUUUGAAAGGGAUCCGUCGCUAAAGGUAGAGUAA